GUGGCAGAGGCUCUGCUGUCCCAGCUCAGUGUCUCUCUGAUCGUGCCGUGGGCAUUUCUUUUUUUCACCCCCACCCCUUCCGCUGUGUGCUUGCUCCCUAGUUCAAGGCCUGGCAGCUGUAUGUGUGGCAGGAGCUGUGCUGCACCAAGCCCCGGUCUCUUGCUCUUCCCCCUCUUUUCUUUGUAGCCCGGAGGAUUAUUUGUACAUUCCCUUUGCUUUUGGGGGCCGGAUUGCAAAGGACAGAGCCAUGCCCAGGAGGAGCAUCUUGGAGGUGAAGGUGCUGGACGUGCAGAAAAGGCGAACCCCCAACAAACACUAUGUGUAUAUAAUCAAAGUCACGUGGUCCAAUGGUUCCACAGAAGUCAUUUAUCGACGGUACAGCAAGUUCUUUGACCUGCAGAUGCAGAUGUUGGACAAGUUCCCAAUGGAAGGAGGGCAGAAGGACCCCAAACAAAGGAUCAUCCCCUUUCUGCCAGGGAAGAUCCUCUUCCGCAGAAGCCACAUCCGGGAUGUUGCCGUCAAGCGUCUGAUACCUAUUGAUGAAUACUGCAAGGCUCUGAUCCAGCUGCCACCCUACAUCUCUCAGUGUGAGGAGGUUCUUCAGUUCUUCGAGACAAGACCCGAAGACCUGAAUCCCCCCAAAGAGGAACCCAUUGGAAAGAAGAAGUCUGGGUUUAUCCAGAGAACGGCUUCUUUCCUUCAGAGAGGCGGUGACUUGGCAUCAGUAGAUCCCAUGGUCCUGGAGCAGUAUGUGGUGGUGGCAGAUUACCAGAAGCAGGAGAGCUCUGAGAUCAGCUUGUGCGUGGGUCAGGUGGUGGAUAUCAUUGAGAAGAAUGAAUCAGGCUGGUGGUUUGUGAGCACAUCUGAUGAGCAAGGCUGGGUCCCGGCUACGUGCCUGGAAGCUCAGGAUGGUGUCCAGGAUGAAUUCUCAAUGCAGCCCGAAGAAGAGGAGAAGUACACAGUCAUUUACCCAUAUACCGCUAGAGACGAGGAUGAAAUGAACCUAGACAAAGGGGCUGUGGUAGAGGUGAUCCAGAAAAACCUUGAGGGCUGGUGGAAAAUCAGAUAUCAGGGUCAAGAGGGCUGGGCUCCAGCAUCCUAUCUGAAGAAAGGAACUGGAGAGAUGUUUACACAGAAAUUGGGAUCUGGCUCAUCCACCCACUCGUGUGCCCUGGAUCUGGAUGGUGUUCCCCGGCAGCAGAACUCAACGGGCCGAGAGAAGGACGGGCCCAACAACCAAAGAGAGGGAAGGUUUGAUGGCCGACCAUUACCGCAGGCUGACAUUCGACGCAAGUCGCCAAAGAUGAGGCAGAGGCCCCCUCCUCGCCGAGAUCUCACUAUACCACGUGGUUUGAACCUGCCUAAACCUCCUGUCCCUCCCCAAGUGGAAGAAGAAUAUUACACCAUUGCUGACUUCCAGACCAUCAUCCCUGAUGGCAUCAGCUUCCACGCAGGAAUGAAAGUGGAGGUGAUCGAGAAGAACCUGAGUGGCUGGUGGUACAUUCAGAUUGAGGAGAAGGAAGGCUGGGCCCCAGCUACCUUUAUUGAUAAAUACAAGAAAACGAGCAAUGCUUCUAGACCUAACUUUCUAGCACCGUUGCCUAAUGAGAUGGCCCAGCUCCAGCUUGGCGAGGCCACUGCAGAGAGCAACACCAACGAAGAAGCCACUGGGCCAUCUAGGCCUCUGCCUGAAGCUCCACCUAAUGGUAUAGAUUGUGGAAUGAAAUGGGCCAAAGACUGGAAGGGGAAGGAGGCUCUCAAGAGUGCCCCCUUGGAGAGCAGCGAUGUAGCCGCUGGGUAUGAGGAGAUCUCUGAUCCAGAUACAGAGGAGAAGCCCAGCCUCCCACCCAGGAAGGAGUCGAUCAUUAAAUCCGAAGGUGAGUUAACGGAGAGGCAAAGGCCUCCACCCAAGCCCCCAGGCAUGAUUUUGCCAAUGAUCCCUCCAAAGCAGACAGCCGCCCCGAGGGACAGCAAGAAGCCAGAGCUGAAAACAGAAAAGGGCAAACUGUUCCAGCUGAAAAACGAAAUGGGCCUGGAGUGCGGGCACAAGGUGUCAGCCAAAGAAGUGAAGAAACCGAACCUUCGACCCACUGUCAAGCCAGCCAAGCCAAAAGCUGAGCCCCCAGAAGACAAGUCUGAGCCAAUGACCCAGAAUCCCUUCUUGAAAUCAAAACCUCAGGUCAGGCCGAAACCAACUGCAGCCCCCAGGACAGACCCACCUCAGGCAGAUGAUAAACUGGACAUUGGCAAUCUGAGAAGCAAGCUCAGACCUGCAAAGUCCCAAGAGAAACCCUCUGAGCAGGACCCCAUGCCCACUGAAAAUGUCUUCAAUAACAAUGCGCUCCCAGCAGAGGUUUCUGGCAGGCCUCAGGAGCGACCGAGCGUGGAGAACAGACCCCCAACCAAACAGGACAGCCAGAUCCCAAAGGAGGCUCCACCCAGAGCUCCCUUCAGCCUGCCAAAGAUGGCUGACAGUGAGCCCAAGAACAGCUCCCCGACUCCCAGAGAGCCACCGCUUCAGCGGCCAGUGGUGCCACCCAGGAGACCUCCUCCUCCAAAGAAAGUGGUAUCCUCCUCCUCUGGUCCCACUUCAGAGCUGAAAGUCCCACAGAGGGAAGUGCCUGAAAUCAGAGCUGCCUCAGUGCCUGGCCGGCCCAUGCUGGUUCCACCAAAGGCCAAACCAUUCCUGCCUGCUGUGUGCCAAGAUGAAGCCAAAGGGAAAAGCAGCUUAGGCCCAAAGGUAACGCCCAAGCAGGUGGAGAGAGGGGAAGCCAGGGAGAGGACAGCUGCCCCCUUCACCAACCCAGAUAUCUCCAAAGAAGCCCUCUAUGUGGCUGUGGCAGAUUUCGAAGGAGACGAAGAGACCAGCAGCUUUAAAGAAGGGACCUUAUUUGAAGUUCGUGAGAAGAACAGCAGCGGCUGGUGGUUUUGCAAGGUCCUAACUGGAGGACCUUGUUGGGAGGGCUGGAUUCCCUCCAAUUAUCUAAGGAAGAAGCCAUAGUCUGCCCUCAGUUUGCACAGUUGAAGGUUCUUGUUCUUUCACCCGAGUAUUUAAUUAGCUUAUUAAUUUAUAGUUUUCCAUAAUGCUGGCUUAAAAAUAUGUGGGAUACUGUACAUUCCAAUUUGUGCCAUUCCUGAGGCAGAAUUCAAGAAGCAGGCUUGACAUAACGCAGCUAGGCCUUCAUUCCUGCUCUGCCUGCUCCCCCCUUCAUAGGAAAUACUUUCCUCCUUUGUCCAUCUAUGGCAGCCCAGCCCCUGUAGAUGGACAUGUGAAGUUGUUUCUCAACAAGCUUCUUGGUGUAUGUUGGCAAAGGCAGUUCCCUCCCCAACCUAGAAAAAUUAUUGGUGCCCACUAGGCUUUUUGACGAGACAAUAGGGAAACCGGGGGAAAUUCAGCCACGAUCUAAGUAAAGAAAUGAAGCCAGCCCCACUCACCAAAUGGAAUCUGGAAUAACAAAAGGAGUUGCUUUUCCCGGUGGCUCAGGGUCACUGUUAAAUGUCUGAUACUGUAUUGCCAAGUCCGGCCAUACACAGGAAGGACAGGAAACCAUGGGGACAAGGAGAAACAAUACUGCAAAAUCAAGUCCAUAUAGCUGUGUGUGCAUUGACAUGAUCACUCAUGGCCAUGUGUCGCAGUCUAGUUAAGUUUGUGCCUUGCUUGCUUGUACCAUCAAACACAGUCCUUUUACCUCUUGUUGUUUCCUCUACAAUGGUGGGUGUUAAUUUAAAUAUCAUUUAAUUUUUAAAAAAAGAUAAACUAAUGGAAUGGAGGAUCCUCUGUGCUGGGCCAGGGCCCUGCUCAGACUUGUGGCUGAUGGUGAUUCAGGCAAGCUCUGUCAGAUUUCAUUUCAGUGGCUGGAGAGAACUAUAUGCAGCAUGGUUCACAGCAGGCUUGGCAAAGAGAACUUGGAUGAUCGUGGGAGAGAAGGGUGCUGGGAGAAUGCUUGCACCCCUCUUCCCAGCACAGACUGCAGCUCUGCAUUUCAUACUGGACUGCCCAGGGAAAUGGUUCCCUUGACCCCUGUUCCCAUGGUGCCCCCGGGCUGUCAGGCAGUAGCUAGAAGGUGGCUGUACUAUAAUGGGUGCUAGUAUCAUCUAGUACAAUCCAUAGUGUGGGCUUGGUCCCUGGAGAUGAAAAAGGAUGGGGAGCAUGUGUGAUUUUUCUGGUACUCAGGUGUUUCUGUUUCUCUUAGGCUUGGCUCUCCCUUGUUUUGCUUUCCUUUGGGGUGGGAGAAUAUAGUGCCUUUUGUUGAUACCUUGUUUCCCUUUAAAGAGUUCUCAUCCCCUAACCAUGCUGGGCUUGUUAAACUCUCUCUGAAAUGGCUUAUCUGCCUGUUUCUUCAUCUAUCUUUCAAGCUGUUCUCGAGGUCCUUCCACUGUGUCCUCCAUGUCUGUGCAUAUGUCGGUGUGCUUGGAGGUUUCACUUAAAAUAAAGUAUGUUUCAACAUAUUCACCCUCCUGCCUGCCUACACUAACCCCACUUGCUUGCAGUGUUGCUGAUUCCAGGAGGAAAGUAGAUUUCGUCUGACUGGCUGUCAUUCCCUCACAUCCCUUUCUUUCCUUUUGUAUUCAACUCGCUGUGGAUUCAGCGCAGUGCCUUCUCUAUCCUAGAAGAGCUUUAAACCCCAUUUUUGAGGAUUACCACUUGCCAUGUCAGAACUCCUUCCCACCUGCCACAUGCUAACUGUAGCAGUAAGCACUACAGAGGUGCCUCCACAGAUACAGUUUCCAUUGUUGGAACCUGUGCAGAAUUCCAUCUAAAGCAAAGUCCAACAGAAUCAGAUACUGGCAACCUUAUUGAUGCAGCAUGACAAGUCACAUCAGGGAAUUUUGUCCCCAUGCACACAGUCCUAUCCCCUGGACAACUAUUCGAUUAACUCCAUUCCUAUUCAUCAAGUCUUUAUCACAAAGGUAUACUUAGGAUUAUCAGUCUUAGUUUAUAGAGCACAAACGUAAUGAGAACCGUACUGUACCUGUCUAUUUCUCUCUUUCCAUCCCCCUCGCUCUUUUUUCCCUUUGUCUAGAGCUUUAUAAGAUUGGAGCUUGUGGGUCAUGGGGUAACUAAUAAUCUCACUGUUUUUGGUGACCCAUGGUAAAUACUUUAUAGUAGGAUCCAACAAUGCAAGGUGACUCAUGUAGUAUUGGUGAUGUGGUUAUAUGCCCGCAGCAGAAUCGGGUAGCAAUGUAACCCUACAACGUUGCUGCAUUGCAUCCCUUUGCUUAGUUAAAACUCCUCCUUUGCGUAAAUAUGGACAUGGCUGAUUAUGGGUUAAGAGUGGGCUGGGCAGCAGUAAAACUUUGUUCAUGUCUUCUUUGAGUUGUGACGGUACUAGACACAAUUGUGUCCCUUUUCUUUCACUAGUCUUGGGCUGCUUCUAUGCUGUCAGUUCGCAUACACAUACUCACACUAGCUUGAUGAGAGCUAGCGCAAGUACAGACAGCAGUGUGCCCGUGGUAGCAUGGCCAGCGGCAUGGCUUAGCCAUGCUGAAUACAUACCUAUAGGGUGCAGGUGGGUUUGUACUUGAACCAGCAAAUAUAGAAACUGUGCGUGCUUCCCCUAUGGUAUUUCAUCUCUCUAUGUCACGCUUAGACUUCAUCGAUCUUUGUUCCCUUUCAGUGAGACAAUGUCAUUUCUGUUGCUUUUGUGCCAAAUUAGGGCUAUUUUCCCCCAGACUAAAUGCUGAGACUGUGAGUGUUAAUGAAUGCUUCAUGCUGUAGGACUCUUAAUACAUUGAGCCAACGACAGUGAUAAUUACAGGAUUGAUCUGUGGUUGCUGCACAGGCGUCACAUAGCUAUGGGUUAGUUACCGUCACCCGCUGUAUAAGUGGAGGUAACACUUCAAAGGACCACAAGCCCUAUAAACUAGCUGGCUUAGAGAACACAAAUAAUCAUCUAAUGCCCCUGCCACUUCCUAGUCUUUCCCAGACCAGGUAUUGCACCACCCUGCCCUGGCCAUAUUUGAAAUCAGAAAGGGUCUCAGGCUGGCAAAGAGGAUCCCAGUGUGGAAGAGACUGAGAACUUUACCACAUAACACUCUCCCUUUUAUCUGGGAUCUACAAGAAAACUCUUCAGACCCAGAUAGUAUGGUUGAGUGCUCAGAGCAGGGGGGACAACCUUCUGGUUCUCUCCCUGUCUGUGCUACUGAAGCUCUGUCACCACAGGCAGGGCAUGUCACCUCUGUGCCUUGUUUACCUGUCUGUAAAAUGGGAAUAAUUCUACUGACCUACCUUGCUGGGGGAUUGGGAAGCUCAUUUAGCCAAUGCUUGCAAAACACUUUGAGAACCUAAGCCAGAAGGCACUAGAGAAGGGCAGAGUUUCAUUUUAAAUAUGAUUCCCUGGUACCUUAGCAUUAAACUCGCCCAUUGUUACAAAGUACCUGCCUUCCAUGGAAACCCCUCACCAUGCAGCUCAGCGAUUAGCAUUUGCUGUGCGGGUGAACAAUACCGUAUUUUCUGUAUAACAAACCCGGCUUUGCGGCUCUUCAGCUCGGUGUAUCGCAGGCAGGCUGGAGGCCUCAACUGCAAACUAUGGAAGACUGUUUGUUUGUCUCCUUAUACUAUGUAAACACGUAUAAAUCUCUACAUUACUGUGGGUGGGCGGGGGUGCCUGAGGAAGGUAGAUAUGGCCUAUGUAAAUGCCAUAUCUAUACUUUCACCAUUAGGCUUGUUUGGUAUUGGAGGGUGGGGAAGGGGGGAAUUUUUUGCUUUGUUUUUUAAAUAAAAAACCUGCUUGACUGGUUUCAAGCAGAAUUGUGACCA